AUGUCGCGCGCCGCGUUGCUCCUGCAGCUGUCGUGUUUGCUGCUGGCUUCACGAGAGCAAAUCUAUGGCCAGCCCGCCGAACUAGGAAGCGCUAACUCCUUCGACGACCCAAACAUCGAUCCCAAUGGCAGUUUGAUUGCUGAUAUUAAUAAUGAUACAACGUUAUUCGAUGCAUCCAACGAAACGCUUGACGGUGAUCAUGAACCGAUUGUGCGUAAGAAACGGACAUUCGGCGACAUUGUGUUCAGAGGACUAGCUGACGUGUUGGGUUAUAGUGUAGCGAGGAAACCUCCAGAAGUAGCGUUCCCGCCACCUCUUGAUCCUGUUCCUGGAAUUGAUUUGCCACUUCAAGCAGCUGCCCCGGCUCCAGCUCCAACACCAGCACCUGCUCCAGCAACGCCACCUUGUGGGCCACCUCGGGCAGCAGCGCCACCACCUUGUAGGGCUCAGCGGCCUCCUCCUCCUCCCCCAAGACCAAAGCCACCACCUCCUUGUCCAACGCCUAGAGCUCCUAGACCAAAGCCGCGAACUCCACGACCACCACCACCUCCACCACCCCCUCCACCACCACCUCCACCACCUUGUGCUAAACCACGUGCAAACCCCACCACACCUUCACCUUGUGCCCCACCGCCGCCACCUCCACCACCACCAAAACAGGCCGAUAACUUAGAAACUAUCACUUCAAACUUCCGUCUAAAUUUCAACUUUAACAGGGCCCCGGCUGGGGCUGCAGCUACACCUGCUCCUGCUGAAGCAAAUGCAGAAGAACAGGAGCAAGAGCAAGAACAGGAACAAGUGAUUCCUGUGUCAUUUGAACCGAGAGCUGCUCGGUUGCCUCCAGCACAGCCUCGCCAACCUCGUGUUUAUGUAGACGCCUUUGUCGUACAAAAUGGAGUGGCGCAGAAAGUAGACGCUGUGGACGCUCAACAUUUUAACUCGCGAAGAGCGCCCCUAGAAGAUGACUAUCUUGCUUAUGAUGAAGAAGAAAGUCAGCAAGCCACUGAAGAUGAUUAUGAGGAUGUCCAGGAAUCUCGUGACAGAGCGAAAGCAGUACGUGACUUUGGUAAUGCUGUUGACAAAUUUUGGGAGCCCAAGAGACAACCCAAAAGAAAGCUUCCCGCAAACGAUUAUCGAAACGUACACUUUGGGGAUCGUGAUUUAGCCGAUCAAUUACAACGACGCAGCGACCGUGAAUUACAUCAGAGUUUGCAACAUGCACGCCAACACCCAAAUAGGAUAUCCUUGCCCUUACCCGAAGACGAAAAAGAAGCAGAAAUUACUACGACAACAGAAGACCCGAAACGUCCAUUAAAUCCAAAAGUGCUACCGCCAACAGAGCACAAUCCAGGCCAAAUUGACACCGUUACUGUACGAGUACCACCAAUUUAUAAGGCAAGACGUCCAAAAAAAUUAAAUCGGGGAAGGUCGGAUCAACCUGAGCGACGCGAUGAACCCGACCAUGAUAAACCUGACCGCGAUGAAGAUAGUGAAAUGCGGGAUGGAUCGACAGAAAAUGAGGGUGAUAACGAUGCAGAUGUUGAGAACAGUGCGUUGGUUACCCGAACAGAACGACCCGUUAGACGUAAGCGUCGUCGCAAACAGCCACGUGAAAAGCGAUCAGUAGAAAAUGAGCCAUACUCCGCCGGGGAUUAUGAUUAUUAUGGAAAAAAGCUUCCUAUAUCUGACGAAGAGAAAUUUUUUAUGGCACUAACUGUACCAUCCCCUACGAAAGACGCCGAUAUCGUUCGUUUAGAGGAAAGUUCCGAUGACAGUUAUUUUUUAGACGAUAAUGAAAGAAUUCGCGAGGAUCCGGAGAGAGUGACACAAAAUGAAAGAUCUAAUGACGAAAGUGCAGAAGAUUCUGAAAGGACUGAUGAUUUGGAAAGAAUGGAUGAAAAAGAACGUUUGAUUAAAGAUAUUGAAAAAUCCGGGGACUCGGAGCGCGCUGACGAGCAAGAGCGCUCCGAUAAACUGAGUCCCAACGCGAAAAUCCACGAGACCGGCUUCCGGAAUAACUAUGUUCGGGCAACCAACGUCCAAAUCGACGACCCAAGACCAAACGUUGCAUCAGUAAAACAGAAAACGAUAAGGAUUGGCGAAAUGUGA